GCUUUACGGCAGAGGCUUCGGAGCGACGUACGUGAGCGCAGUGCUUGUUGGGAGAGGAGUACGUCGUGACGUCAGAGAGAGGCAAAUGGGAAUGGUCCGUAGUCUAGUACAGUGUGUACAAUGGGAGAGCGGACUGCUAUUACCCCGGGACAGGCUGUGUAUAGUCCCGGGAUGUCUCACACGGAGGAUCGGCGCUAUGUGGAGCUGUGUCAGGACUCGGUUCGUCUGACUGCAGAAAGUGUGGGUCUAGAGAUCACCGAUGAGGUUGCUGCAUUACUGGCAGAGGAUGUGUGUUACAGGCUGCGGGAAAUCACUCAGUUUAGUGCUCAGUCGCUCAGGCACUCUAGGCGUAGAAGACUGACUGUAGAGGACUUUAACCGGGCUCUUCGCUGGAGCAAUGUUGAGCCUGUGUAUGGCCAUGGAUCACCUGAUCCAGUUUCAUUUCGAAGUGUCAGAGAUGGUGAUUGUCAUUGUGCAGAGGACCGAGAUAUCAAUCUAGUGGAACUGGCCUUGGCCACAAACAUUCCCAAAGGGACGGCUGAGACUGCGGUGAGGGUCCAUGUCUCUUACCUGGAUGGUAAAGGAAACCUGGAGCCUCAGGGUACAGUUCCAGCUGCAGUCUCUUUACUGACAGAUGACCUACUAAAAUAUUACCAGCGUGUGACAAGAGCAGUGCUGGGGGAUGAUUUACAUCUCAUGAAGGUGGCUCUUCAGGAUUUACAGACUAACCCAAAGAUUGCAGCCCUGUUGCCCUAUUUUGUAUAUGUUGUGAGUGGGGUUAAGUCUGUCAGUCAUGAUCUUGAGCAGCUGAGUCGCCUGUUGCAGUUGGUGAGAGCUCUCCUAUGGAACCCUUAUCUUUAUUUGGGUAGCUAUGGAUACAGUCUCAUGCAGAGUGUUUUGUAUUGUGUGACUGAGCCCCUAGCGGCCUCCAUAAACCCACUUAAUGACCACUGGACUUUGCGGGACUAUGGUGCAGGAUUGCUGAGUUGUAUUUGGACACACCGAGAUUUAGCGGGCUCGCUGUAUACUCAGGUUUUGCAGUCGUUGCAGAAAGUCCUGGGAGAUCCUGUACGCCCUCUCUGUUCCCAUUAUGGGGCUGUUGUCGGUCUUCAUGCCCUGGGCUGGAAGGCAGUAGAGCAAGUAUUGUAUCCGCUGCUUCCAACCUAUUGGUCUGGGCUUCAGACUGUAUUAGAUGAUCACUCCAUGUCCAAUGCACAAGUCAAGGCUGAUGGCCACAAGGUGUAUGGAGCUAUCUUGGUGGCUGUGGAACGUCUUCUUAAAAUGAAAGCUCGCUGUAGUGAAUCGGAUAAAGCCACUCCACCACAGUCCUAUCCAUCCUUACCAUCUGCACCCAGUGUGUCCUUGUUGGAGAUGUACAAUGAGUUGUAUUGCUUCUUUGGAGAUAGCUUGGCUGUGCGUUUUGGCACUGGAGGAACAACCUUGCAACCAGAGAUUAUUCCUAAAGGUACACAGGAGCCAAAAAAAGAAGUGUCUGUAGAAGGGACACGGAAAAUGCCACAGCUAACGGCUCACGGUGAGGAAGAAGUCACAAGUACAAACAGGUCAACUCAGCGCCCUCCUCAGAUGUCUCUUGCAUCUGCAUCCCGCCCUCGUGGAGGUACAAGGCAAGGACAAAGGGUGCUGGGUGUGAGAGAAGCAUUCCAAAGAAGUAGACUUACUCCACGGGGCUCCCCCCGCUUUAACUUUCUCAUAGGAGGGAGACAGGCAGGGCGAGGGGGAGGAGGACGCAGGUUUCAGAGUGUCUUCCAACUCCAUACUGGACCUGCGGCCACAGCCAGCCGCUAUGCUCAAAAGCUGCCUAUGAUUGGACGAGUGGCAAAAACUGGACGUAGAGGGAUUCCAACAGAUUUGUCUCUUUAUUUGCCUCUGUGAUUCCGAUUGUGAGACUGGAAGGCUUGUCUAAAAGCGCGUUAUGAGGAAUGUACUGUAUCUCUGCCUUUUUUUUUGGACAAAAUGGCAUAGUUUGUAAUGCGGUAUUGCAUUGAACUUGGACAUUGCUGCAUUCAUCACUGCAAAUAUUUAAGUCAAGAGUGCUGAAUACUUCCAAGGUGUGAACUCUUGUAAAAGCAUUUUUUUUUUUUUUUUUUUUUUUUAGCUACGUAUGUUUUAAUGGGCAUUUAAAUAUAAUGCCAUAAAUGGUUUUGUUUGCUAUGAAUAAGAAGGUAUCUGUAAAUGUUCCAAUUUAACAUCUAGGCUGUUCUACAGCGUAGUCCAGUCUUUCCCUCUCUGUUUGCACCACCACUAUAAACCACCAUGAUCGUACACACGAU